AAGACAAUAAAAAAAAAUAAUGCAAAAAAAAGGUAAAGAUUUAAAAACCAUGGAUGACAUCUUCUACGAUUGUCGCAGCGAGGGUGAAUAUGAACCCGAGACUGUUAAUAAAGUCCACGAGGGCGUAUUGAAAACUUGUCAUGGCGAUGUUUUGCAGGACGAGCCUCAGAAAUGCAAGAAACCUAUGGAUAUGCGGAAUAUACUAAGAAGUGCUGCUCAUAAUGCACAAAUAUUAUUGCGAGGUCUAGGCGUUAGCUGCGAAUGCAUUGAGGCAGAGGAGCCGCAAGCUUCAUGCAAGUUCUUUUAUCCGGCGACGUUAGCGAUAACCGCACGAGUUCACGCGGAAUCAACAUGUGGCUGUCCACCCCAAAGCCAGUGCAUACUACGCGGCAGUCCGGUCACAUUAAAUCUCCCCAUUGAGUUGAAUCCGCAAAGCGGUCAGGUCAAGGUCAACAUAUUUCAGCCGGCACCCGCCACAUUGGCUACUGCCGCCGAAUGCAUUGCUAUGGGCGCUGGUGAUAGGCGAUCUUAUGGUCUAGCUCAAAAUAGUAUACGGCGGCCGUGUUACCGUAGCGGCAGCGCCCGGAAAGCGGCGCGGAAAGUUCGCUGGGAAGUAUAGGAAAUCCGAUCAAAGGAGCAGCAGAUUACAACUAUGUGCACAUCCUCUCGCUUGCGAGCUUCAGCUGUCUCUGAGGUACAAGUGCGUGUCGAGAUGUUCACAGAAGCUACGAAAGCCGAAGCUUCUGGUUAACGGAGAUAUGUAAUUGUCUGCAAAUAAGUUAUGUGAACGUUUUGAAUUACUUAUCCAAUGGUACUUCGUUCAUAUUUGAAAUGAUUUUUAUUGUACUUUGAAUACAAUAAAGAAAAU